AUGGGGCAAGAUCCUCGAGAAACGCAGCUGGAGGUGUCGCCCACCAAUCGAGUGGCCAUCUUUUACGAGAAUGGCGGACCGGAAAAGAUCUCGAUCAAAGAGCUCGACAAUGUCAAGCAGUCGGAGCUCGUACCCGGCGAAGUGCUUGUUAGGGUCUUGUACACGGGAGUGUGCCAUUCGGACCUGCACGCGCUGCUCGGCGACUGGCCUGCACCCCCCAAACUUCCGCUGAUCGGCGGUCACGAAGGCGCAGGCAUCGUGGUCGCGCUUGGACAGGGUGCGGAGGAGUACGUCAAGGUGGGCGAUAGGGUGGGCAUCAAGUGGAUUGCCGAUGCCUGUCUCAACUGCGAAUACUGUCGACUGUCACACGAAAUCAACUGUGCUCAGUACAAACCCAGCGGUUAUGCGGUUGACGGAACGUUCCAGCAGUACGUUCGACACACUGCACGCUACCUUACCAAGAUUCCCGACACGCUGAGCUUGGACCAAGCCGCUUCGAUUCUCUGUGCGGGAGUCACCAUCUACCGUGCACUCAAGGAGGCGCAACUCCAACCGGGUAACUGGGUUGUUAUUCCAGGAUCCGGUGGCGGCCUGGGCCAUUUGGGAGUUCAGUAUGCUCAGAAUGCCGGUCUGCGUGUCAUCGGCAUCGACACGGGAGAGGACAAGAAGAAGAUGAGCCUCGACUUGGGCUGUGAGGUCUUCGUCGACUUCAAAACCACCUCGGACGUGGCAGCCACCAUCAAAGAAGCCACGGGUGGCAUUGGCGCGCAUGCCGCUGUAGUCGCCGCCGCCAGUUCAGCUGCCUACGAACUGGCGCUCGACUACAUCCGCCCACGAGGAACGCUGGUGAUCGUCGGGAUGCCCAACUCGAUCCUGCCCGUGUCUAUCUUUAAGACGGUGCUCAUGACGCACAAGAUCGUCGGAUCCGCAGUGGGAAACCGCCAAGACGCGACCGAGGCGCUCGAGAUCGCUUCUAGGGGAAAAGUCAAGGUGCAUUUCCUCCUGAAAGGGUUGAGCGAUCUGCCCGGCGUGUUUGACGAUAUGAUCAAUGGUCGCAUCGCUGGAAGGAUUGUGUUGGAUGUCGACAAGUGA